AUGUUUGUCGUUGGUGUGGACCUCCCGGACCUUAGAGGACGUUGGACACAACAGCUUCUCUCAGCCCCCCUCGGGUGGGAACAUCUGGCAUCCUGCAGGCCCAUGAGCUGGCCAAAGCCAGCCCCCAUUAAGCCGGGCCUAGCCAAGCCAAAUGACCUCAAGCGGCUGAAUCAAGUUCGCGCUCAUCCAGCUAUUCCCAAUCACGAUUGCUGCAAGCCACCUUCACCUGCACACUUUGAUGUGGCAUUUGUAGUCGAGGAUCACCAGCUAUGGGAGAGUGGUACAGGCUUGGAUGGCUUGCGGCUCGCACAGAUACGUGCAAUUUUCAAAUUGCCCUCUCACUACAGCAAAUUUCCUCAUUCAUUGGCAUAUGUCGAAUGGUUUCGACCUCUGCGCGAUCUGGAACUUGUGACCAACCUUUAUCGACUUGCACGUUUGACUCGUAACCAACGGCAUUUCACAUCCGUUAUCAGUGUUCGAGACCUUCUGCAAGCAGCACACCUGAUGCCCAGUUGCAUUGCUAUAACAUGGCCCUUCGCAUUGACGACUAGACUACCUACAGCUAUGGAACACAAGGAUGCAUUCACUCCAAUGUUGGAAGGGGCUUGCUGGGCACCACAAUUACGCGGUACUCACUCUUGUGCCUCAAAAUGCAAGGAACUUGGAAUUGAGACGCACCUCCAGGCAAACAAGAUGAGGAGCAGCUAUGCUGGCCAUGUACACCGGGGACACGAGUGGCUUGCAAGCCAUUUUGAUGCACCAAGCUGCUCUGCUGAUGAGGGGGACUGCUCUGUGCCCAAAGAGCCUUCGGUACAGCCAGUGGCACUAAACAAUCCAGACAGCAAUGUGUAUGCAGAUCCUGCCUUCAAAGAUGCAUUUGGGUGCAUGCCAAACAGGUGCUUGGACAAAGCGCUGGCACUCUUCAUGUCCCUGAAGGGGUUCCAUGAAAACCUCAGCAAGAACACAGUCAAAAGUAUCCGUGCAGCAUUCAAAAAGCUCUGGGAGCAAGCGGACAGUGGCACCUUUCGUGGAAAGUGGAGUUUCAAUGAGGCGAGACAGCACUGGGAGGGCAAUCCAGCUGACUCGGCAGAGGUCUACGACAUGAUGGCUUCUGUCAAGCACAAGGCAAGCGCAGAAGGCGGGGACCGAACUCACUCAAUGGCAAUGACAAAAGACUUCAUGGAUCGCAUGCUCCAAUGGCAUGAGGCCGCAUGUCCACUGGAGAUUGCACUGCAGGCCAUCCAGCUAGUGAUGAGCGGCACACUGCCUUCGCAGGUAUUGUCCCGCCUGCCCAAAUUGAUAUGCUUUGAACUCGUCAAAUUGCAGCGCAAAGACGUCUCGCUCGACACGAUCCUGCUGGACACUGUUGUGAAAAAGUAUAUUGCACACGAGCCACUGACACUCAGCGACAGCAACACCUAUUUCGAGAUAUUCCUCUCGAACCGAAAAGGAUGGCAGAAAAGGGUCGAUAAGGGUAUCUGCGAGGCAGACCUUAGGUCCAACCACUACAAGAUAUUUCCCCACCCAGACAUGCCUUCCUGUGACAGCUUCAUCUGGAUGUUGCUCUGGAUCAAAUGGCUUGAGUUUUUUCAUUACGGGCGCACACUCAGGCCAAACAACUUCAUCUUCCCUUCAAUGGGUGCCAAUGGCAUCAUGCAGCCCGGACAGCCUCUCUCGCAUGACACUGUGCAAAAGUGGAUCAAUGAGGCGACGACAGGUGCUGGCAUCCUAGGCUGUUUUUCAACUCACUGCUUCUGCUGUGGAGGUGCCCAGUAUUGGUUCAUGUUCGCACCAGUUGGAUGGGCUGAUGGUGAACAGCGAAACAUGCUCAUUUGUUACCUUCUUGAUGAACUACACACCUAUGAGACUGACUACAGUGAUGCCCUCGCUCCCUUCUCCUGCAAAGCUAAAUCCUCCCUUGCAGGCGAGCAGGCACUCGUGAGGCCAGCAUCCACUGAGGAGCUGCGCAUGGUUCAUGCAUCUGUGACUGCAGAUGUCAAUCGUUUGCGAGUUGAUGUCAGUGCAGUCAACGACUUGCUUCGGUCACUCACCAGCAUGGUUCAGGCCACUUCAAGUUGCCUGAAGGCUGCUGGACACCUACACCUACCUCACCUGACCAUGGCAACACAACUCGAAGAAGAUCCCUGCUUCACCCUUCUCUCUGCAUCCAGUGCAGAGUCUCCUCAUAGUAUUUCAACUCCUCGGCAUGUCCAUCCACCAGCAACACACUCCCAUCCUCUGUCAUCUGUCCACAGGAGCCAUGGCCAUGCACACAUCACUCCAACUACUCAACCACUGCCAUCUGCUGCUGCCUCGACUCAACAACUCCCAAGCAAUGGUCUCAUCAUUCCAAGGCUGCCACUCGUCUGUUUGAAUGGGUUGAAGAAUCCAAAGGCUGAGUCCUGGAAGGACAUCAUCAUGCACUGGCUCGUUGGUGACCCCGACAGAGGGUUGAAGACGCUGCUCAAGGACUGGCCGCAGGAGUGGUACCAAGGCCCGAACUGGAAGCUCGCAAUGCAGUUCCAGAACAGGGCUGUUGUCGCGUGCGAGUUCAUCAACCAGAUGGGGAGGGCGGAAGGACAGGCAAGGUAG